GUUAGUUUAUUGCAAGAAACAAGCACAAGAGUCGUCGGACAUAUGCCAGAUUAGUGCAUUUCUUUUCACAUAAAAUCAAUCCCAACACACUUCAUCAGAUGUGUGGAAUCAAAGUCAAGCAAAAGGGACUUUUGGAAUAAUUACGGUUGAGGAUGGAAAGAGGAGGCAGGAGAAAUUGGCUGGAGGAAGCAGAAUGACUUCAAGGUUGGGGGCAGAAAGAAGAUUCAGAGUGUUGAGAGUAACAACCAGAAUCUCACUUGUAGAGGCAAGUCUUUUGUCUGUCUGUGUUCAGAAGAAAAACUUAAGAACAUUUCCUUCAGCCUUAAACAAUACACGUUCUGAUCCAAGUGGCACCCAGUACUGUGGUUGGAUUCACACAUCACAUUAAGCCACAAUCAGUUUAUUUGGUAGCAUGUUAAUAUCUGGCAUGUAAACUCAGCCAUUGUAAUUUAUAAACCACAGAUUUCAGAGUACAGUAGCAAAAUAUUUCAUCCUGGACUGUAAUUGUAUAUAGUCCCCAGUCAAGGAUAAAGAUCUUAUUACUGCCUAUUUUAGGCAGGGGAGAACACGCUCCUUCCACCCAGGAGAUAUCCAUCAUCUUUCUUGACCGCGGCGCCAGACCUGAGUUUCAUCCUGAGUUCAUCUGUCGAGGAUUUUUCAAUUAAACCAAAAUAAUUAGUCCGUGACCAAUUACAGUGUAAAGGAAGGAAACAAACGUAGCUCCAGUCCAAUGAAGGCUUAGGAAGGCAGGUCUCCUGGCACCAACGGGCCAAUAAGAGCACGUAAAAGGUUACGUUGAAAACGAAAGUUCCGACUUUGUAAACAUCACAGGACCGUGCCUUUAAGCGUUUAUUGCAAGCUUUUUUUUUUUAAACGGUUUGUCUUCCCAAAACCGCAUUGGGUAGGCAAUCGCAUGAAAAUAAUCGCCCACUGCAGAACUAUCAGAAACUGCAUUUUAUUUUUCACCCACAUUUUUCACCUAAGGUUAUGACGAAUGUGAAAAAUACUGAUAGGGGACAGGCAAAUUUCCUGACACUUACACAUGUAGGAGCAAUCCCUUUCAUGUCUGGAGUAAAUUCUUUGAAUUUUUAACCGAAUUUAUUUCCAAGUAAGCCUACAAAAGACUGCACUGUUCAGAUUUCCCCAACCAUGUGAGAAUACGGAUAUAGUGAAAUUCUGCCUGAAAUUCUUUAGCUGCCGAAAAGUCGGGCAAGGACGCGUUAUGGAAGGAGGAAAAUGAAGGGCAGAAAUGUGGGAUUUCAGAUUGGAGUUAAUGGACUUGAUGCACUGCAGGAUGCCUUUUUUUUUUGCAGCUCGAGCUUGACAAUGUUCCCUUUGAGUUCAAUUUUGAAUCUCGCUGUUCUAGAAAAUCCCCCCCCCCCUUGCUGAAGGCAGUGAUAUAGAUACGGGAAUGAGGUUCGGCUUAAAGAAUGGGUGAUUCGCUGUCCGUCUUCCCUACAGAGCAAAGAGCAAAAUGCAUUUUGAGACAGGGGGCGAGCUUAUGAAAAUGCCAAUUCACUUAGAAGAACCAUAGGGCUCCAUGAACAGGCGCUUGUCUCUGGUGCAACUGUUUUUGCAGGCGAUCCUAUGCAUGCUUCCUCAAAAGUAAGGAUAACUCAGUGCAAUAAGGCACACUCCCAGGUAAAUAUGUGCACCAAAAUUGCAGCCGCGCCGCCCUUUUCGUGAGAACUGUGAUGCUAUCGCUCCAGGGCUGAUCUCCCUACUGCGCCAACUCCGAACAGCAGUGGGGAAAACGAGGCCUUUUUCGCCAAUUUCCCCUCUUCUGACUGCCUAAUUCAAUCCUCUUCCCCUUCCCUGGAGGAAGGAAAAGGAGCCUGGCCCUCCCUCCCAAGUCCAAGGCUGGCCUUUGUGCUAGGCCUGCGGUGCGAAUCGGGACUUAUCUCACGCUCGCGCAGGUUCCUUGUGGGUGGAGCCCGCUGCUCGAGCAGGUCUGAAGCAGGAGCGGCUUUCGUGCGCCCGGUUCCUCUGACAAACUAGCGCUCGCCAGAAGGGGAGGGCGGGGGCUCGCUCGCUCGCUCGCUGUUCUCUCGCGCGCGCUUGGGAAAAUGUUGCGCAGGUUCUAAAAUGGAACGUUAGCGGCGGCGUGAUUGAGCUCUGAAGGGGGGGCCGGAGUAAGUAAGAGCGAGAACUGCAAGAACAAACAGCGGUAGCCGGCGCGCACUUGGAUACUUCACUCAGUCUGCGAGCAGCCGCUGCCUUCGCCGCCUCCUUCUUCGUCCCUGUAUGGAGCUUUCCGCUAUUGGGGAGCAGGUGUUUGCUGUGGAGAGCAUCAGGAAGAAGCGCGUAAGGAAGGGUAAAGUGGAAUAUCUGGUGAAAUGGAAAGGAUGGCCCCCCAAGUACAGCACAUGGGAGCCCGAGGAGCACAUUCUUGACCCUCGUCUGGUGAUGGCUUAUGAAGAGAAGGAAGAAAGAGAGCGUGCCUCAGGUUACAGAAAGAGAGGUCCCAAACCUAAGCGCCUGUUGCUGCAGAGACUAUAUAGCAUGGACCUGAGGAGUGCCCACAAAGGGAAAGAGAAACUCUGCUUUUCUCUGUCCCGGAGGUUUGGGGGAGGAGGAAACAACUUGGCAGGGGCCAAGGGAGGGCAGACAGAACUGUCUGAGAAGAGUGGGGGAGCGGUCCUGCCCUUUCCUCUUCGGAAACAGAGCAAGAACCAGAAGUAUCUGCGCCUUUCACGGAAGAGGUUCACCCGCAUGUCGAGCCUGGAGAAUCGGAAUCGUCGUCGAGAGUUCUUUUUGAAGGAACCUGUGGCCCUUGAGGACAGGCAGCCGCCCAAUGACUGGGAUGAUUCAACGCAACCUGCUAGUAAGGAAGUGGGCCCAGAGACAGAAGGCCAUUUUUCCUGGAGCCCAGCAUUGCCCCCAAAUGAAGUGACAGUUACAGACAUCACAGCAAACUCCAUUACCGUGACUUUCAGAGAAGCUCAGAUGGCAGAGGGCUUCUUCCGAGACCGGAGCAUCCAGUUCUGAAUCUGCUGUUCGUUAACUUUUCUUCCUCUCUCCUUUUCUUUCCACAUUAAGGGAAUUUUUGAGUUGUGUUAUUCCUGCAUUCCCAAUCUAGUUUCAUUACACUUUCAAUUAUAUUAUUUUUAAAAAAUGCGAAAAAAAAUCCCUUUACAAAUGUUUACAGAACAUUUUUAUUUUUAUUUUUUUGACAGAUGGUCACGCUGACAUUCUUUUCUGUCCUGUAUAUCUUUCAAAUACGCAAAACCAAGAUAUGUGAGGAUUACCUGUGCUUUCCCCCCCUCAUUUGUUACUAUAGAUAGAAAAAGUGUGUAGAUAUAUUACUUGUCUGUUGUUGCUUUGUCUGUCUGGGAAACUGAAGCUUUUUUCACUGGCAAAGAUAUUUAUUCACAGUGCAUUGUGGAAAAAAUGUCAAUUUCUUAUAUCGGUGAUGGCGUAUACCUUCCGCACUUGAAGUUAAGGGCUCAGUGUCUGAAAUAGGAAAGAGGCCAAAUAUAGAUCUCCCCGAUCUCUUCCAAGUUCAAUGGACUUCUCUAGGUCAAACUGCUUCCCCAACCUGCUUCCCUCCAGCUGUAUAUACAAAAAGAUUAGUCCCCUCUUUCUUUUGGGUGUCUGUCCUUAAUGCUUCCUCAUUUACUAGUACUGUUCACAAUGGGGCUUGCUGCUGUUCACAGCGCUUCCACAGAUGUUAUAACUUAGAGAAGCAACUACAAGUGGUACAGUGGCUUUCUGGUUUGGGCAUCCGAAGAAUUGUGCUGGUCUUUUCCUUGCUUGUGUUUGUUAGUAGCUGGAGCAUAAGAGAUGGUAUUGCUGUAAUCAGGCAUACUGGUACAAGAGAAGCCUAAGCCUAGCUUGUUAUUACUCACCUGAUGAGGUAAGCCCAGAAGUUUUAUCCUAAGAAGCUUGUGGCUUUUCAGCAGAAUAGGAAUUCCUCAGUAAUUACCACUGGCAAUCCUAGAGUAUGUAGUCAUAAACAUGGUUGCAUGUGUCCUUGAGUAGGAAGGUGGCUUAGAUGGAACUGUAACAGAUCCCAAGAGUUCUGUCUGUCUGUCUUCAGAUGCCUUUCUAACAUCCAGGGAUAUGCAAUAAGAGGUCUAAUGUCUAAUGGGAUAUAUAGUGGGUUCUUUAUAUAUAUGAAAUUCGAAUUGCUUAUUGGAAACUAAGCUUAUAUCCAUUUAUGUUUAGACAUGUGGAAGACUACAGGAUUGUAGAUGGAUGUAGAUUUAACUAUGGGAGUGGACAUGUUUUAGCACAUAUGCAGUGUUGAUCCCUGAAAAGUUCCUGGAACACAUAAACGUACUCCAAGACGAAAAGAUACAACUAGCUUGGAAGGUGAAAAAUUGAGGCCAAGAAUAAAGCUAUUUCAAUUAGUAGCUUCAUAUAUAUUUUUUAUUCCCUGUGCAGUUACAUACUCGACACAAACAAGAAGGAAAUUGCUCAGUAAAUUUAACUUUUUAUAUAGGUGAAUAAUUGGAAGACCUUUUUUAAAACCAGAUUGUUUUAGGCGAGCUUCAUUGGAUAUCUGGUUGUCAAUUUGAUAGUAUGAAGAUGUGCACACUUAUAAGGGUAUUUGGAGUGUGUGUAUCUGUGUAUGAAACAAUAGUUUGCUAGGCUUCAAAUGAUUUGAGGAACACUGCAUCAACAUUCUGUUCUUAUUCAAGCUCAUGGGAGCUGUGGUUUCAACUCCCAUUACAUAACCAUUGUCAUUAAAUUAACUUCAGGCAUCUACAGUAUGGGAGUGUUGGGUGAAUUAAAAGUGAAAGUAGUUGAUGGAGUGAAAUACUUUUUAAUAGAGUCAAAACAGUUACCAGUUUUGUUUAGGAAUUUAGACCAAAAGUGGGAUAUUGGCACUGAUUAUGUUGUCCUAUCUGAUCCAAUACAAGAUCAGAAAUACUAGAGCAGAGGAAUGGGUUGGAAGAUGAAUAUGAGCAAAGUUGUUAUUUUAUUAAUUUGUGCUUCACAGGACGCUAUUCUUUUUUAUCUCUUCCUCCUCAUUUUGGUACUUUGUAUAUUUUUUUUCUGUACAAAUAUUUUAUGAAGAUCUCUGCCAGGAGAAGCUGCUUGCAGUUACAGAGGACUUUGUCUUGCACUUCAGUACCUUGACAUUUGUGCUGGACUUCUUUGUGAAUGCUUUGUUUUGUUUUAGAGGAACUGUUUUACCUAUCAACUGUAUAGCUUUAGCAUAUGUUCUUGUGCAUAUGUGCUUCUUUUAAGUUUGCUUGAACAGAUGAGCUCCAGAAAAUAAUUUUCCUAUGGAAAGUGACAAUGGAAAGGUAGAAGGUAGGGCUGCAAUCUGAACCCUAGUUUUUGAAGAAUUAAAUUCAGCUGAAAUGAAGAGGUCUUGCUUUAUUU